UGAUUUGUCACACGCGGAGGUUUGUAUCAGAGGAAAGAAUGAGUGCCGGGCAGACUCUGGAGGGCGCCGGGUGUGUCACCUGGUGGGGCUUCGGACCAGCAAGAGAUCUACUCAAGAAAGGUGUGCCCAGAACACAGGGGGAGCUGAACGUGUUGCUGGUGGGCAGCAGCGACCCGAGACAUGUCCUAAAGACCAUCUCAGGCCUCAAGGACACCGAUUCCCUCCAUCUUUGGGUGAUGGAGAACAGUAUGGAAGUGGUUGCGAGACAACUGCUGCUCCUCUACGUAUCUCUGAGCACGCCGGAGAGCAUGGGCAUGCAGGAGAAAACAGAGGUCUUCCUUGAGCUGUUCGGGAACAGCGAGAUCCGCUCUGAAACUGACAGCAAGCUGAAACACGUUGCAUCUCAACUGUCUCUUUCCGUCACUGACUCACUAGACGCAGACACGCCGUACACACACCCCUGCCUGGACACUAGCCUUCUCAAGUUUAAGGAGCGAGACGAACUGGCUCGGAUCUUUAAGCAGUGGCAGCGCCCCCCCUCCACACCGCUCAGUAUGCGUAAGGUGUGGGACGCCCGUGUCAGACAGCACCUCGGGACGCGCUACGAUGCCCGCAGGGGCUGCUUCGACUGGGACCUCACCAUGAAACUGUACGACAGAGGGUGUGGCGUCAUAUACAAACAGCACUACAGCAGAUGGAGGGAGAGCGGCGUGGCCUUUGAGAUGAGGGAGGGACUUUACUGCAUCGCUAAUCAGAGUCUGCUGUCCACACGCGUGUUCAGCCGCAGAGGAGACAAGGUGGGAUUGCGGGGAUACUGGGGAGACAUCGUGUCAAGUCCCUAUCUGUCCUUCGGCAUUGAAACGGAGGACAAAGAGCUCCUGAAGAAGCAAAACAACCAGCAUGUAAAGACUGCUCAGGACAUCUCUGUAGCAAAUGUCCAGACGCUUUUUAAGUCCCUGUCCAAGAGAGCAGGACACACGCACGUCUCUGAGCUUGCUGAGGAAUCGGUCGACGGCACAGCAGAAACGCAGCCAGAGCCAUCAGUUUCACGUGAUGAAACACAACAGCCAGAAGACAAGCCUGAUGACAAAACGCAUGCAGAAGAGAAGCAGAACCACACGAGCCAUCGACUGGACUUGAUGACCCUAAAUGGAAUACGUGUGUCGUUCCUGUCUCUGGACUCUCUGCCCAGACUGUCCACGAAAAGCAGAUACUGCCGUCUGUUCAAUGCUGUCUACUGUUCAGCCAGCAUGGUGCACCAUUUGGACUCGUCCCUGACGCAGAUCGCUGCUCCUGACGCCGUCCUGAUCGUCGAGCUCGCCAAGUACCUGCUGGAUUUGUCUAAAGAGCAGGAGGCCGGUUUUGCAACGAGAGUCAGCGAAAUCGCUCGAGAAGCGGGAUUUGUCCCGGCUCAUGCUGAGGACGACGAGACGUACGCUGUGUUCACGCUGCAGAAAGACCAGUGACACAGAAAAACACACAAACUACAAACUGCACACAGUUUGACACGGUUUAUUUCUCCCAGCACACUGCAGGGGAUGCGAACAGGCUGGAUAAAGGAAAUCGGGCAGAAGUGUUGGGCUGGACGCAAUCAUAUCACUUUUGUUACUGUAAUAAACAGCCAUAAUAAUAUAGAAUAAAAACAGGCUCGUGGUUCACGUGAUAUACUUUCCGUGCAUUACACGUUGUGUUUUCUCCACAAUUUGCGUCUUCACUUCCAGAGCCCUCCCACUUUGCCCUUGCCUCCCGUCCCCUUCUUACUGCCAACCGGGGGAAAAAAAAAAAAAGGAUUCAUAAAUGAACAUCAGUGUAAUAAAUUAACCUCUAAAGAAUA